UGUAGUUCAAAAUGGCGCACCCAUCGCCGAGAGCGAGACAGCAAGAUAUGCGGCGCUGAGCAGCGACCAAUGCGAGCUCUGUAGAUGGGAGAGCGCUGACUGAGAGCCGUUUGAGUGGAGAAACAGGUCGUGCCGCUACCUGAAGCGGCGGAAGAGAGAGAGAGCCGAAAACUGAACCGACCGCAUUCUGUUGGAAUUGAGUUUCUAGCGCACGAUUUUCAGAGCGCAACAGUUUCAAUCUGAACAGCGUAGCGAGCAGUUCGUUAGCGAGAAAUAGCAAGAUUUUGAAUUGAAUAAAAGAAGAAGAAACAAGUUUUGAGCGUGAUCAAUAGACGCGUACUUAACAUUAUUAAUAUUUACUAAGAGUACUUGAGCUUAAAUAUGUUGGCGCUGCCAAACAUUGCCGAUCUGCGCAUGCACCAGCAGAUCGCCCACGAGAUUUAUCGCCAGCAAAUUAUGCAACGCCUGCCGGAUCCACUGUGCGGCUUACUGCCCAAUUUCGGCACACAUUUUGUGGCAGCAGCACCGGUGCAACCCUCGCUGCCGGGCGUGGAUGCUAAGCUGGAGAACAAUGAAUUGUGGCAGCAGUUCCAUCACAUUGGAACCGAAAUGAUCAUCACAAAGAGUGGAAGACGCAUGUUUCCCUCGAUGCGCGUUUCGUUGAGCGGACUGGAGGAGGAUGCCAGCUAUUGCGUGCUGCUGGAAAUGGUGCCCAUUGGCGACUGCCGCUACAAGUUCUCCGGCUCGCAGUGGGUGCCAGCCGGCGGUGCCGAGCCACAGAGUCCGCAGCGCAUGUUUUUGCACCCGGAUAGCCCGGCGACGGGCAAGCACUGGCAGUCUCAGGCGCUGCUCUUCAGCAAAGUAAAACUCACCAACAAUACGCUGGACAACAAUGGACAUAUUGUCUUGGCCAGCAUGCACAAGUAUCAACCCCGUUUGCAUGUCAUUCGCACCGCUGAUCUGACGCAGAUACCCUGGGCUCCACAGCAGGCCUACGUCUUUCCCGAAACGGAGUUUAUAGCUGUGACAGCCUAUCAGAAUGAUCGCAUCACGAAGCUUAAGAUCGACAACAAUCCCUUUGCCAAGGGCUUUCGUGAGUCGGGUCAAUCGCGCUGCAAGCGCAAGCUUAGCGAGUCUCCUCCUGCAACUGCUCAGGUAAGCCCAGCAGGAACAGGAGCCGCCAAUGAUAUGGAGCGCACUGUUUCGCCGUCGGCUAAACGCAUGCGUCUGACUGACGAGCUGUCGAUGCCGCACCAGCAGCCCUCUGGUCUACGAUUACCGCGCCAUUAUCUGUUGGAUACACUGGAGGCCAAUCUCUUUCUGUCAGCGCCACCGCCGGCCCUGCCAUCCAUUGAAUAUGCCAGACACAUCGCCAGCUAUCCAAGUUGGGCACGCUCGCCGCCAUCGCCCGGCUCGUCGUGCGCCUCCUCCAGCUGCGACUCAGCCGCCGAGCCAGAGACCGAUACCUUUGUGGACGUAGUGGGCACCACGACUAGCACAGCUGAGCCCGACCUGGAAUCCGAAUCGAUUAGCCGAAUCGCUGGUAUUGCCAAUGCUGCCGCAGCAGCUGCUGCCGUUUUGCCAAAGCCCAAGCGCAGAAGCUUCAGCAUCUUGGACAUAUUAGGAUCGAGCGUCUCGAUUUAGCUGCUGUGCGGGGCAGCAGUUGCUGCUCCCAUUUCAGUUGUUGCUCCUAAGUGCCUUAUACAUUUAAUUAGCGUUUAGUUGCCAGCGUCGUCUGCGGCGUAGUCAGUAAGUUAAAUUGUGAUAUUUUGCAGUUAAUUAAGAUUUCCAGGUAUU